GGCAAUCGUUGUCGUGGUACUACAUAGAAUAUGGAACUCAGUAGAUGUGUUUCCAGAUGGACAAUAGGAGUACACCGAAUUACACUGGCUAUUAUUUAUUUCAUGUCUAUGCAAGGACAAGUGUGGUCUAAGUAUUCUGUGAACGUAGCGUCUCAGUCCACAUGGGUAAAUCCUGGUGAUAAUUACACGGCGAACUGCAAUGUGCCAGGUCUAGAAGCUCUCGACUAUAUAUCCACAUUAAAGGUCAAGUGGUUCCACAACGGUCAACCGCUGACAAGUCUGUGUGAAUUUCUGUCAUCUGAACUCGCCCAGAAAUAUAGCUGCAAAGUUUUGUCACCAAAGACGAACAAUAUUAGUUUGUUACUCACAGUAAAAAAUGUUCAGAAGUCAGAUGUAGGUAACCUGACCUGUGAGGUGUAUGAGAGGAUCAGGAAUUGGGAUUGGAAGUGGGUCAGAGAUGAAUUGGUGGCCAUCAAGUCCGUUGCUAUAAACUUAAGAGAGCCCAACGAAAAAAGUUCCAUAACUAAUACUGAACUUAUCAAAGGCAUGAUGUUCAAAUUUGACCCGAGAAGUGAUUAUGCUCUCACCCAGGACAACAAUGAGGUUCCUCACCAGAUGGAGGUCUUACCUGGCAGGUAUGCUCCCUUCUGUCAGGUGUUUGGUAGCAUGCACAAAGUAAGCGUCUGCAUCAUGAUGGGUGACCAGGUAAUGCAGGGAAGGAUGAAGGACAUACAAAACAAGACUGGCAGACAAUUUGUAGAUGAGGACACAGACUUCAGAGGCAACGACCAAGUUGAUGUGAUGUGCAUUGCAGAAAUCGAUGGUCUACCAGACUCCAAAAUGCAACGAACCUAUCAAAUUUUAGUCAGAAAAAGAGAUCUUAGAUUUACGUGUACCAAUUCCUCUGCUAUUGUUAACAACAAGCGACACAAGAUAAUGUGCAAAGUGACCGAUACUGGGGCCAUUUCUUGUAACAAAAUCAUGUGGAAGAGAGAGGACACUGGUGAAGAUUAUAGGCCCGGCAACUACAUGUAUAACAACAUCAAUGUAUCUUGUAGGAAAAUAACCAUUUCCAAGAUAGAAACAACACUGGAGAUUCUGCAGUUGACGGCGAAUGAUUUAAAAACAACUUACAGUAUAGUCUACAACUAUCCCCUGUCUCAGACAAAAAAGUACCAGCUUAGAAUUCCAAGAGAAUACAGCAACUCGGCAGCAGCGAUGCAGACAUUCCAUGCAUUAAUAUAUUCCAUCAAUCUCACUGCUAUUUUGUUAUAAAUACAGUGAUUGGGAAAGUCAUGUAUUGUACGUCCACAUGACUUAAUAUCAAACUUUAUAUCUUGAAAGCAAAGCUUUCUCGGUAUCUUUGCCCAGUCAAGUUUGAGAUAAAGGAACAAACUUGCAUAUUCAAUUUGUAAGCAUAUAAUGUAAUGUUUUUGCAACAAUGUUCAAAAAGCUUUCUAAACUCAUCUUUCUAUAAUAAAAACUGCUCUUUAAAAAUCUU